AUGCGCCGAGGGCUGUGCCCCGCCGCGAUGGUAGCCACAAAAGUGGCCAGCGUCGGGGCGUGUUUUGCCUCACGGUGGCAUGCCUCAGCCGGCGGCGGCGGCGGCGGCGGCGGCGGCGAGAGAGGCGUACGUAGCGCAGUGGAGGUAACCCCGCCGCCGCCUCGUCCUGCGUUUUACGUGCCGCCGGAGGAUCGCGACGCAGAUGACGCGUCGCUGCAGUUUCUUCGCCGAAAGCAGUGGCCACCGGACGACGGCAGUGCCGCGGAGAAGGGCGGAGCCCCGCGGCUGAGUCCAGGACAGUCCUUCGCCCCGGAGCUGCCCAGUCGCCCGGCCCGUGUACCGCAUUACAUUGACGAGCAGGCCGCCGGUUUGGCCUCGACAAGCGUCUACGCAGGGCACCACCUUUUGCCGGACGAGCCUGAGCGCCCCACACGACGACUCCGAGUCAUCAAGGACGCGUCGCCGGAGCCAAGGACGGCGAGAGGCGCACCGGAGGCGAAUUUUCUUCGGACGGGCCAGAGAGACUCUAUUUUCGAAGUUAAAGAUACAUUUGGCGAUGAGGAGGGGCCUGGACGGGCCUUUGCGAAGGGGGAGAAGGGCGACGCGGGCAUGGGCGAUGCCGCGCCGCCAGAGCGGCCACUUCUGCAGCAGAUGGAACUGGAUCUUCGUCGGCUUGAGUAUUAUCAAGGAGCCCCACAGUAUCAACAACUUUUAGAGGAAUUUCGCUCCAAGUACGGCUCGAGUGAAGCUAGCAAUAGUACUGUAGGUGAGAGUGGCGGCGGUGGCGGUGGCAGCAGCCCGAAUGGAGGUGAGGCGACAGGGCGUUCGUACAACCAGGCGGAGGUGCAACGCGGACUCGAGGAGCAGCCCAUAGAUUACCUUCGCUCCAGCAACAAGCUCAAGGUGGAGCUUAGCAGUGGGCCCAGAGCCUACGACCCAGUAGUUUUGAUGCAGCGACUGGGUGUGAUGCGGUUUCAGGGGUACGCCUUUCCUCCCACCACGGAGGUGGGAAAGCUGCGCGGCCGCGAGGGGAGGGCGCUGGAGCCGAGCGUGGAGCAUGACACUCUCAAAGAUUACAUGCGCCAAAGCGUUUCCUCAACCAUAAAGACGCAGCUUGCCGGGGGUCAAGACAAGCAACUGCUAUAUCGGACCUUGGGCCUCGACGCCGUGCAACGGCGGCAGGUGCGGGCUAUGCUUAGCGACUUUGACUACUCAGAUCGUCAAACGGCGUUCCAUGUUAUGAUGACAUAUCCCUACACGGACUGGGUGCACGUGUUCUACAUGGUUUUGGUGGGUUUGGCACUUUACACGCUGCAGUUGCGCUGCGGGGCGUAUGAGUUUUACGAUGAAUACCUGGGACUCGACUUGAGACAGGUGCCGAGGCUAAAAAAGCCGUUUUUGGCGGGAGUCACUGUUGUAGUGAUGGUAGUGGCGCUGUUUCACCCUCUGCUUGUGGCGAGCAUCGCAAGCACGCGGUUGUACCGCAUUUUUAUGCGGCGGCCUAUUGGCCCCCCGUAA